AUGCCUUCGGUUGUGCUGCUCAACGUGGUACCAGCGUUUGGGAACCUCCUGGCAUCACUUAUGCUUAUAUCGCCUGUGCCAGCCGUGCUGAAACUUAGAGCAACUGGCAAGCUAGGCGUGCAGGACCGUAUCAUGAGCAUUAUGUUGCUGGGGUCUGUACACUUCAUCACCAUGACCAUCGUUGCGCUGUUCAGUUUAACACAGCAAGCCGCGGAGCGAAUGUGGGGAACAAACGCCAUCAUCAUCCUCAUGGUGUAUUACUUCAUCCCCCUCUCGUCCAUGUACGACAUCAUUCGAAGAAAGAAUGCGAUCUCGAUCUAUCCGCCGCUGGCAUGUGGUGCGAUUGCCAACGGAGGGCUCUGGACGGUCUACGGCUUCGCGUUGAAGGACGUCAACCUCUGGCUGCCCAACCUAUUCGGUGCCGUGAUUGGUGUCGUACAGCUCGUCCUGCGUGCCGUGUACGGCGCCGCACCCGAUGCAGCUCAGUCCAGUAUGGUGGCGGCUUCUGGCCCCUCCAGUGUAGCGACAUCAUCGUCCCCCAAGAACCCCCUCAAGACGCCCUGCUCCAGGGGGGGAGGCGCCGACGGCCCGCCACACGCCGAGAGCCCCGAGCAACACCCCGCCGCCAAACAUCCGGCUGCCAAGGAGCCCAGGCGCCCUUCCAUUUUGGCGCUGCUGCACCCUUACCAGUACAUCGCCGCUCAGCUUGGCGAUGUUGAGAAAGGGGGCUCCGCCUCGACCGCCUCCCCCGCCUCCAACUCCGUCACGGUGGUGGCCACCGCGACCUCGACCGCCAUCAAGUCGCAGCUAGGGGCCCAGCUGUGA